AUGAACGAGAAUAAUUUGAACCAAUUUACGGUCGUCCAGCUGAAAAGAUGGCUUUCAGCAUUGGGCUUAUCAACCCAAGGUGUUAAAACCGAGUUGAUGGCUCGUCUAGGGCAGAUACCGCCAGAACAACGAGGUCAAGUACCAGAGGCAGAAGUUGACCAAAAUGCUGGAGAAGAUCAAGCUGGCGUCUCUGGAACAGAACGUGAAGAGGUUAACACCAACCCUGAAAGGGCAUCGCAGGCACAACAGGAUGGCGUCUCCGGCGAUGUUGCAGACCUGGACGACCUUCUAGAAAUUAUCACGCAGCUGCAAACAACAAUUAUUGCGCAGCAGAAUGCGUUGCGGCGAGCGGAGACGCGUGGCGCCAUGCAGCAACAACAGUUAGAAGGGAUCGCCAUACAACAACAGCAACAGCAGGCUGAAACUUGCGGUACCAUACAACAACAGCAACAGCAGGCUGAAACUUGCGGUACCAUCCAACAACAACAACAACAGGCAGAGACACACGUUGCGCGCGAACAGCCAAUUGGAGAUGCAUCAGAUGGCAACGCCAGCAAUCCAACUUCAAUCGCUAUAGGAAACGGAUUAGGUGGCAACGUGGAAGGUGAACGGAAUGAAACACAGGGAGUUCCAUCGUCCAGGGCUGGAUCAGCAGCUUCACUCUCGUUUGCCAGAGAAGCUGCCAUCGACUUCGACGGAAACAUUUGUGCACGCAACUGGGUGGAUCACCUUAAGAAAAUAGGCCAAAUCUACAACUUAGAUAAUGACUGCCUAAGAAUGCUACUCGUUACCAAAUUAAAAGCAUUUGGAAACACGGCGUCCAAAUCAGAGCGUCGCCGCAAAUUCGAGCAACGGAAAUGGCAAAAGGACGAGAGAUUCACACUGUAUUUCGAGGAUAAAACAAUGAUGUCCCAAGCCAUCAACAUGGACACUGAGGAACUGCUCGAACAACUCAUCGAAGGAAUCCCAUCUGCAAGUUUGCGUGAUCAAGCCCGUAUUCAAAGGUUCGCAAAUCCGGAGCAGAUGCUGCUAGCAUUUGCCAAUAUACGUCUUCCACAACAGCCCGGAACAUACGCACCCAAGAAGUCGACGUUGGAAGCGACACAGAUCAACAACUUGCGCUGCAGGAACUGCAACUCGAAGGGCCAUUUCGCCAAGGAAUGCCGCAAGCCAGCAAGGGCACCUGGACCUUGUUUCGCAUGCGGAGAAAUGGGUCAUUUUGUGGGAGAAUGCCGCCAGAGGAAGAGCAACACCUACAACAAUAGCAACAACAACAACAACAAUAGCAACGACAACAACUAUCCAGUACUUAUAAAGCCGCGGGGUAGCCAGGAGGAAACGGUACGCCCUGUUGCGGUUGAUGCCCAUUUGGGAUCUGCCAGGCCAGAAGAAGCAGAGACACCCAGUCCUAUUCCUACGCGAGCUAUGACCCCGAACAUCAAUGCCGGCGCGGCCAUUAGGAUGGAGACGGUAGAAAACGACGAACAGCAAAAGGGCACACUAUUGAGUCCGGCGCAACAAAGCUUCAUCGAUCGGGAACUGGCCUUAUUCGAGAAGCUGCAUGGGGUGUCUCACGUCGCCGAGCACAUUAUCGUCACGCGCGACGACAAGCCCACGGUGGACACCGGCGCGACAGCGAGUUUCAUCAGCAAAGAGCUGGCGGACAGGCUGCAGGCGGCAGGAAAGGUUGGACCCACAAAGAGGCAAGUACGGAUGGCGGACGGUAGAUGCGGAGACGUAAAAUCGCAGUUAGAAAUUCAAAUCGGACUUGGCACAAGAAAAGUGUCGAUGGAGCUGCUGAUCCUCCCAGGAUUGAUUGACGAACUGGUGCUAGGAUGGAACUUCCUCACCAAAAUCGGAGCCGAGGUGAAAUGCGCAGGUCACAGAGUGAUGAUACCGGCGAGGGACAGACACCGAGGCUGGCUAGAGGAAAAACUGUCGGUAGCAGUCGUGGAAGCCGCAAAUGAAUUUUCGGAGAAGGAUGUGGACCAGUUUUUAAAGACCGAGUUGGAGAGCCUGGAAAAUCUGCAAGGCACGUCAAACGUGGCAGUACACAGGAUCACCAUGAAGGACGAUCAGCCGGUCAAACAGCGGUACUAUCCGAAGAAUCCAAAAAUGCAGGGCGAGAUCAACGCCAAAGUAGACGAGCUACUUGAAAAGGGAUGCAUCGAACCGUCAAGGAGUCCGUACAGCUCACCAAUAGUCAUGGUGAGAAAGAAGACCGGGAAAUGGAGGCUCUGUGUGGAUUUCAGGCAGAUCAACGCAAAAUCCGUGAAGGAUGCAUAUCCAAUGCCGAUGAUCAACUACAUCCUGGACCAACUCCGAGAAGCUAAAUAUAUUAGCAGCCUCGACUUAAAGGACGGGUACUGGCAAAUACCGUUGGAGGCAGCCAGCAGGCAGUAUACCGCAUUCACAGUGCCAGGGAAAGGCCUGUUUCAAUGGAAAGUUAUGCCUUUCGGUUUGCACUCGGCAUCAGCAACAUUCCAGCGGGCGUUGGACUAGGUAAUUGGACCUGAAAUGAUGCCGCACGCUUUCGCGUAUCAGGAUGAUAUAAUCGUCAUCGGACGGACACUAGAGGAGCACAUGCGGAACCUAAAGGAAGUAUUCAGAAGGCUGCGAGCGGUAAACCUGAAAGUAAACGCGGAUAAGUGUAAAUUCUUCAGGAAGGAACUUCAAUACUUAGGGCAUCGCAUUACAGACCAGGGCAUCGGGACGGAUCCGGAAAAGGUAUCAGCGAUAGCAUUGCUAAAACCACCGGCAAAUGUCAAAGAACUACGGCAGUACUUGGGAGUGGCGUCGUGGUACAGGCGUUUUGUGCCAGAUUUUGCCACGCUAGUGUAUCCGCUGAACGCCCUUCUCCGAAAGGGUGUCAAAUGGGAAUGGACCGACGACCACCAGCAGGCCUUUGAAGCUGUCAAGGCAAGAUUGGUCGCCGACCCAAUUUUGGCAUGCCCGGAUUUUUCAAAGCCGUUUGUGCUGCAGACCGAUGCCAGCGAUUAUGGGCUGGGCGCCAUUCUCACUCAAAAUUCCGACCAGGGUGAGCGGGUGAUAUCCUAUUCCAGCCGGACCCUAAACGGGUCGCAAAAAAGUUACUCCGCCACUGAAAAGGAAUGUUUAGCAAUCGUGUGGGCCAUAAGGAAAUUAAAGCCAUACCUGGAGGGAUACCACUUCAAAGUGAUAACAGAUCACAUGGCUUUGAAGUGGUUGAAUAGCAUCGAGAGCCCAACCGGAAGAAUCGCGCGGUGGGUACUGGAGCUCCAGCAAUACGACUUCGAAAUCACAUACAGGAAAGGCCAGCUGAAUAUUGUGGCGGACGCACUGUCGCGGCAGCCCUUACCCGAAACCUGCCGAAGGUUGAAAACGAAGUCACCUGGUCAGUCAGCAGAACAAGCCGAAUGUAGCUGGAUAAGGGACAUAAGGGGCAAGAUAGCACAGAACACCCAAAAAUAUCCGGACUAUUUAGUGGAGGCCGACCGGCUGUACUGGCACAUUCCUUACAGAGCAGGCAACGAGGAUGUGGUCGCAUGGAAGCUAUGCGUACCAAGCGGGUCAAGGCAGCGAGUCAUGGUUGAGAACCACGAUACGCUGACGGCCGGACACAUGGGCAGCCGGAAGACGAUCGCGAGGGUGGCAGCGAGGUAUUAUUGGCCGGGCAUGCACCGCGACAUAAGGAAGCACGUGCGGAACUGUGAGAGCUGCCUCAGGUACAAGCCCAGUCACCUCCAGGCUGCCGGAAAAAUGCUCACACAGAUCCCAGAGGAGCCCUGGGCCACAGUAUGCGCCGAUUUCGUUGGGCCGCUUCCUCGGUCGAAACACGGGAACUCGAUGCUACUAGUGCUCGUAGAUCGGUUCUCGAAGUGGACGGAAAUAGUGCCAAUGCGGAGGGCUACCACGGAGACGCUGGAAAAGGCAAUCCGGGAAAGGAUUGUCUCAAGGUACGGCGUGCCGAAGGUCUUAAUCACCGAUAACGGGGUUCAGUUCACGAGCAGGGCGUUCAAGCGGUUCCUGACAGAGUUGGGAGUGCGGCACCAGUUCACAGCCCCGUACACACCACAAAAAAAUCCCACGGAGAGGGCCAAUAGAACUGUAAAAACAAUGAUCGCCCAGUUUGCCGGACAAGACCAGAGAACGUGGGAUGAGAAAUGGCCAGAAUUGCAGCUGGCCCUGGCCGUGAACACUAGUGUAGCCGAGUCCACAGGGUAUUCGCCGGCAUUCGUCACGCAGGGUAGAGAGCCCAGGUUACCGAGCGCGUUGUUUAAUGAAGAAACCACCGGCACAGGAAGGGAAACCCAGACCCCGUCGGAGAAUGCGAAAAAAAUAAACCAAAUCUUCGAGCUGGUCAGACGGAACAUGGAGAAGGCGGCGCAGGAUCAGGCGCGCACUACAAUCUCCGGAGGCGCCCUUGGAAAUCACAGAUUGGAGACACGGUAUGGGCCAAGGAGCACCAUCUAUCCAAGGCGGCAGAAGGAUUCGCGGCGAAACUGGCCCCCAGAUACGAGGGACCGCGGAGAGCGAGUACCGUUACCGGUACACGUCUCCGCGAAUAACGGAACCGAGGAUACGCGGAAGAACCGAGGUUUUCGUCAGCGACGGCGCUGCAUGGUGCAGGUCUUUCCAAACAAGAUCGUCAUCAUGAGCGCACGUGAGAAUAACACCCAACAGCGAGUGGAGCACGAGGUGAGGGGGAGCGCGCCAGGAAACAGCCAUUGGCGAAGUGGAGACAGGACUCCGAUUCCGUUCUCCAGCUUCUGGCGUCCCCUGGUGUCGCGAUCCCCGUCACCGGUCAGCGAGGCGGACGAGGAGUCCACCGGGGAGAUCUCGGACGUGGAGCUACCGUCCGAGGAGGAGGACCCAGGCGCAGACGCGACGGAGAUCGCAGAGGUCGUUUCCAUCUCUUCCGACGAGAGUGGACCGGAGGACGCGAGUGAGGAGGAGGAGGAGGGGACGGAGACCGUCAGUCCCGAGGUGUCGUCGGACGAGGACGACGUGACGCGGCGAGCUGCGAGGGAAAGAAUGAUCUUCCGCCGGUUGAGCAGGGCGACGGCAGGGCUCGGAGGGAUCUGCCUAGGGCAGAUACCACCGUCGGACGAGCCCAAAGAGUGGGCAGACGGUCACGUGGACGUGGCCCGCGCCCGAGGAGGCAGCAGAGGAGGCCAGGAUGCGAGAGGCCAUCGAAGCCAUCGAGUGGCGGCGCCCACCGCCGCUGAGCCCGCGCGAUCCGAGGGCCAGGUCGACGAAACGCGUCGCGGAGACGGCCGAUCGCGCGGGGCUGGAGGUGACGACCGAGGAGGAACGCGAGGCCCAGGAGGGGCUGGAGAAGGGGCCAUGGGAGUGGCCCACCCCGCCGGAGACGUCGCGGGACACGGCGCCACCCCGAAGCUGGCGCGGUAG